UCCAUUGGCCGACUUCGUCAGACAUGUUUACAAAAUUAUCGACGGACAAAAACACGGUUUGUUGAGAAAAGGAAGAUCAUUCGGUGUGUAUUAUCGUAUUUUAUAACAGUAGAAGUGUAACAUACAGACGUUAACAGGAUUCGGAGAAAUUUCUAAAAAAUAGUGACGUAAAUUCACUGCAUUGGAAAGAGAUAAGUUGCGUUAGAGUUAAAAUUAACGACCAAGGCCGUGACCUUUGGUAGAAUGUGGAAGACGACAACACAGAAAUUUUGUUCUAGACUUCUGUCCCCACAACAUGAGGUGGCCCAGCGGUUUAUGUCAGAUGGACCAAAGGUCAUGGCCAUUCGCCGGGAGACCAUCAAUGUGUGGGAGAGGAGGGCCCCACUUAAUCCACGCCAUGUCAGGAAACUGGUGAAGAAUGGGGUCAAGGUCAUUGUCCAGCCUUCUAACAGAAGGGCAUAUAACAUGCAGAUUGGGCACACUCCAGGGACCCUUGGCAAGCAGAGUGCACCAAGUCCCUAGUACUAGUGAGUAUUCUGAUGUGGGGGCUGUCAUUCGGGAGGACCUAAGUGAGGCCGAACUGAUCAUUGGGGUCAAGUCCGUUCCCAUCGACUUGCUCCUACCAAACAAAACGUACGCGUUUUUCUCCCACACUAUCAAGGCUCAGAAGGAUAACAUGCCCCUGUUGGAUGCCAUAUUGGAGAAGAAUAUCCGUCUGAUAGACUAUGAAAGGAUGGUGGACGACGUGGGCCAGCGUGUCGUGGCAUUCGGUAAAUACGCGGGCGUGGCGGGAAUGAUCAACAUCCUUCACGGGUUGGGAUUGAGACUGCUGGCCCUCGGGCAUCAUACGCCAUUCAUGCAUAUUGGACCAAGUCACAAUUACCGGAACACAGAGCAGGCCAGGCAGGCUGUGCGAGAUGCUGGCUACGAGAUCGCACUAGAUCGACUACCAAAGUCCAUUGGUCCUCUAGUUUUUGUCUUCACAGGGUCUGGAAAUGUGUCACAGGGGGCCCAGGAAGUAUUCCAGGAAUUUCCUCAUGAGUAUAUAGAACCAGAGAGUCUGCCCAAGGUUGCCAAACAAGGAGUGACCAAUAAGCUGUACGUGUGUGUGGCCAGGCGAGAUGACCACUAUGUCAGGAAGGAAGGCGGCAAGUUUGAUGCUGAGGAGUUUGAGUUGCAUCCAUAUAGAUAUGCUUCUACAUUCAGUCAGAAGAUUGCGCCCUAUGCCUCGGUCAUUAUAAACGGUAUUUACUGGGCCCCAAAUGCCCCAAGGUUGAUCACCAUCCCUGAUGCCAAGACCCUUCUGAGGCCUAUCCAGUCGCCAUGGUUACCGUCCAGUCCAGGCUGUCCACAACUGCCCCACAGACUGCUGGCGAUCUGUGACAUCUCUGCCGAUCCUGGUGGCUCCAUUGAGUUUGUGAAGGAGUGCACCACCAUUGAUAAACCUUUUUGUUUGUAUGAUGCUGAACAGAACAUGGAGACAGAGAGCUUUCAGGGCAGCGGGGCUUUGAUUUGUUCCAUUGACAACAUGCCGGCUCAGAUUCCUAAGGAAGCCACUGAUUUCUUUGGAAAUCUUCUCCUGCCCUACAUUCCAAAUAUGCUGAAGUACCCAGCGACACUUCCAUGGGACGAUUAUGAUGUACCUGCUGUGGUAAAAAGUGCUGUGAUUGCAUCUAACAAGAGUCUGACCCCAAAUCAUGAGUAUAUUGCCGAACUGAGGAGAAAAAAUCAGAGUUCCUCACAGAAGGCUCAGCGCCACCCUGAGAACAAGAGUGUGCUGAUCCUGGGGGCAGGGUAUGUUUCCCUCCCGGUGGUGGAGUACUUGGCCAAAAGCAAGAACACUGAUGUCACAGUAGUGUCCAAGGACCCAGCAGAAGUCUCCCAGCUACAGGCUGAACUGGACAACAUGCAGAACUGUGAUGUCCAGACCCUGUUGAUCGACGUCCAGAGGAACUUUGAUGACUUGGAGAAACUGAUCCCUCAGCAUGACAUCGUGGUCAGUCUCUUGCCGUACGUCUUACACCCAGACAUUGCCAAGCUGUGCAUCAAACACAAGAAAAGCAUGGUCACCGCCAGUUACAUCUCCCCUGCCAUGAAGGAGCUCAAUGACGCCGCCAAGGAGGCGGGGAUCACCAUAAUGAACGAGAUGGGGGUGGAUCCAGGUAUUGACCACAUGCUGGCCAUGGAAUGCUUCGACGAGGUGAAACAUGCUGGAGGGAAGAUAUCCUCCUUCGUAUCGUGGUGUGGAGGACUGCCUGCCCCGGAACAUUCCAAUUCUCCAAUCAGAUACAAGUUCAGCUGGUUUCCACGAGGGGUGCUGAUGAACUGUAUGAAUGGUGCUAAAUAUCUCCAGGACAACUGUGUGAUCAAUGUCCCUGGUAAUGGUGGAUUACUGGACGCAGUACAAGAUCUAGAUUUUAUGCCGGGAUUUAACAUUGAGGGCUUCCCCAACAGAGAUUCAACCAUAUAUGUUAACGAAUAUAACAUCGAGUCGGCCAAAACCGUCCUCCGAGGGACAAUUCGUUACAAGGGCUUCUCUAAUAUCAUGAAAGGAAUUAUGCAGAUGGGGCUGUUGAACCCAGAAUCUGUAGCAAACCUUCAUCCUAAUGGCCCGGAGAAAACAUGGAAAGCCUACAUAUGUGAGUUAUUUGACAAGACGCCGGACUUGUUUGAGGACAGUCUGAAGGAUUUAGUGUAUGAGCGAGUGGGGAGAUCUGAGAAAAGAUUACAGGCCAUUAUAGACUUGGGUUUGCUGGAUGAGAUUCCGAUGGACAAACGUGGAAAUGCCCUGGACACGCUGUCAAACUAUCUGUCAAAGAAACUGGCUUAUACUCCCGGUGAGAAGGAUAUGAUUGUCAUGCACCACAACAUCGGGGUAACAUGGGCAGAUAACUCCCAGGAGAAACGCGUCAUUAAUUUUGUCUGUUAUGGUGAAGAAAAGGGCUACUCUGCCAUGGCCAAGACCGUUGGACUGCCCACUGCCAUAGCAACCAAAAUGAUUCUGGAUGGAGAGAUUCAAAGGAGGGGAGUCCUGGCCCCCCUGUCUAUGGACAUUUAUCAACCAGUUCUCUCUCGCCUCCGCAGCGAGGGCAUACACACCGUGGAGGAGAUAAGAUCUUCCUAAAUUCUCAGACAUGGAUCCAAAGGAGCGUGUGUUUCUCUGGAGUUUGCUCAUCCGUCAAGUGCAGGACAAUCCAAAAGAAGGGCACUAUAUACAGAUUUCCUGGUGACUUGUUUUGUUUGCAGUGUGGAUUUAAUCCAUGCUGUUUCACUGAUCUAUCAAAUCGUUUGUUACAUUGUAUCAGUAAGACUGUGUUUGUAGCGAAACAGUUGGGUUUAUGUACAUAUAUCAAAAUUAACUUGAUUUUUUUUUCAGUAUAUUCACUUUAAAAGUAUGUGUGACUUGUUGUGUAAGCUAGUAUUGAUUUUUGAGGACUGUGGAUACUCAGAUGAUUGUGUUACAGGAAGGCUUUUAUGAGAUCUCUUAUUUACCCAACAAAAUCAAUAUCCCUGCUAUUGUUUCAAAAGUAAGUGUUUAGUUGUGCAAGAAUGAUACAGAACCAGAAUCGCAUGUAUGACUUCAUAAAGAGGACAUUUUGCUGCCAUUUACGGUGUUUUGAGAUAUAAUUGCCAUUUUUCAAAGUUUUAUCUUUCAGAAAACAUCGAGUGCAGAUUUAAUUGAAAUUGAAAGACUUUAUAUUUAUACCAUAGAUUUGUAUUUAAAGUAGACUUGUGUGGUAGAAAAACAUCUGUCUAGAGGUGCUUUGUUCAUUUUCUGGAAAAAAAAGUUCACAGGGUGGUUUUUAAACUACACUCUACAGGCAAAUUUAUGAAUGAAAUUGAGAAAUUGUACCAAUUCUGAUGCUAUGGACUGCAAAUGAAAGUAAAUAUCACAUAUUUGUAUGAAUUUAUCUCUCAAAAAUUAAAAGAGGAUCUAGUAUUUCUCUUUAAAGCUUUGAAAUUUUGAGGGGCCUUUAAAGGUCAUUAUUAUACAUGCACAUAGUCUUUAUACAGGCUUUAUCAUUACUAAAAUGUUCAUUGAUGGUAAAUUUUUCAAUGUAUCCAUUCUAAUUCUUACUAUUAGAAUUGGAUGAAAAGUUUGACCCUUACAUUUCUUCUAAAAUUCAAUAUGAUAGUAGCAUAAAAAUAUUGAUUCAGAAACAAUGUGAAUCUAACCUAGAUAGAUUUUGUGUAUUUACGAUAAAUGUACAUUGUGAAGGAACUUAAAUUGUAGAUCAUUUUUCUUUAGAUUGUUUUUGUAUUGAGUGAUUUGUGAGGACAAAAUAUACUGGUAGGAAACUUUAAAAUACAUGAUUGGAAAUACUCGAUGUAGUGCUUUCACAUUGCAUUGAAUCUCAGCAUAGAGUAACAUUGUAAUCUCAGUUUUUUGUAGUGUAACUUAUAUUAUUUUGUUGUAUAUCUUUAUGCUGUUUACAGAGAAUGCUUUUAAAUUGGUAUAACUUUUUUUGAUAUUUUGCAUAAAUUUCGCUUUUUAACCAUCCUGGUGAUAAUACACAUAUAUAUAUAUUUUAUGUGACUUUUUAAAUGACAUUUAUGCUUUUACUUGUGAUAAGGUUAUUCUGCAAAAUUGUUUUUUUUAAAUACAUGCUUGUUAAUUUGGGGAACUAUUUAAUAAAUUUCUGUUCUAAGAUGUCAAUUUUACAUUGUGUUUGAGGUAGAGGUACAUAUUUCAUAGAAUCUGCUAUCUUUUAAGAUUGAAUUAUUUCAAUAACAUUUGUACAGAUUGUUUUCAGAAGAAAAGUUAAAUUUUGGGGAUACAAAGAUGUACUUGAGAAAAGUGUUAUUCUUUCACUAGAUUUGAUUAAGCAAAUAUAAAUAUUUAUAUGGAAUGUUGGACAGCAAUAACUGAUAUACAUAUCUCAUUCAACUGUUUAAUGAGAGAAUGUUAGGUACAGAAGUGUUAAAUGUUGACUGACAUUGUGAGUAACCUUAUAACUGCUUAUGUUGCAUUGCAUGAAGAUCUACAUGAGGAUGGCAACGCUGUUUUUUUUAAAAUUUCAAGUCCAAGGAAAACUUCGAGUUUCAAGUUUGAUUUUUAGACACUACACUCAUAAUUGAUGAAUAAAUAAAAUCCGAGUUUUUAAACAAAAAUUAAAGUAGAAUACCAAAGACCAUAGAAAUGAAUCUCAAUGAAUUUCAAAGUGAUUUUAUCAACAAUUUAAAAUUCAUGUCAAAGACCAAGAACAAUAUUACUCAGGCUCAUAGUGAUGAUUAUAUAUUACCUGCUGCAAUUCUUCUACAGAAGAUACAGGUACUGUGUAGAUGGGUUUUUAUAUAUAUUCUUAACGUUGUAUAUGUUCACAACUUAACAGUAAUAUUUUGAAAAAUGAAAUAGCAUACAUAAAAUUCUCCAGAUAUUGUUGAAUAUUGUACAAAUAUUGUGUUAAUGUUGUUUUCUAAAGAUAUUCCAGCUGUGAUAGAUUUUUCUUCUUGCAAAUAAAGUCUUUAACACAUGUGAA